AUAAUAAUGAUAAUUCCCUUCUUUCUGUUCUCCCGAUUUGAGUUACAUCGUGGCAUUUGAAAAUCAUCUACUACGUGAAAAUGAAUAGGAUUAAAAGUUAGAAAAGAAGGGGUAAUUAUGAUUCCCUUGAAUUGUUGUUUCUUAUAUGAUUAUUGUUGUUUCUUUCAUUAAUUUCCAUCAAAAUCCACCAGUUGAGGCCAAAGGGUGUGCAAAGAUCGAUAUGGGGGGAGAAUUAUAUAUAACAUCAUGGUUCUAAAUAGCUGCAAAUUGUCAUUCUUGUUUCCUAUUGAGUUAGACCACAGAAAUUUCUGUCCUUGGUGAUGAAGGUAUUAUAGACUAAUGAGAUGAUGUUUAUAAAGUCGGUUUUAGGAAUAAGUGACAAAUGAUGGCCAAUAUAAGCACAAAUUGUUGAUUGGUCUGGCAGUGGGUACUUUUCUCUUUGCUUUUUUUUUUUUUUUUUUUCGUUCUUCAAUUUUAACAUAUUUUUUAGGUUGAAGCCAGUAGUUUUGGGAGAAAUAAUCAAGCUGAUCGAGGUGGAGAAUAUUUAUCAUAUCACUGAACUAUAUUUCACAAGUCUGCAUGGUAAAAUAGUGUUGAAAUAUUAUUAUAAAAAAAAAAUAGAGUUGAAAUAUUUAAAAGGGAAGUAUAAGGCACAUCACUGUUGAAAGGUGGUACGCUCUGCUGCCUUAACGCUGUAUCCUUGCUAUGAUGAAGCUCCUAGUGGAUAUGUGUUUAUACUGCAUGGGUUUUGUUUGCUUGCUAUUUGGGUGCACUGUAUGUUUGCUAUGAUCACAUUGGCAGAAUGCUGAUUUUACACUGGCAAUGCAAAGAUUCUCUGGCAACGGGCUGGCCCAUAUCUAGUUCUGUUGAGUAUUGUUAUAAGGAUUUUUGGACUUUCUCUCCUGCUGCUUUGAAUAUGAAUGGGGGCAUCUUGAACAUUCUUGAGCUUUUUUGUUUCAACUAUUGAAAUAACUCGAUGGUCUAAGCGGCGCAGGUUUAAAAUCAUGCCUAUCUUUAGAAAUGCUUGGUUGAUGGUUUGAUUUAUAUGUACUCAGUGCAGAAGUAUCCUUCACCACAGACCCCACCCCUCCAAGCCCCUUUUUGACCCUUUCCCACCUCCUUCAAACUGCAAUAAUGCCAAAAGCUCUAGGUUAGGUGCAUUUCGUGAUAUCUGCAUGGAUGAGCGAGAAAAGGUACAUUCCACUUUCAAUGGAUGAUAUUGCCGCGCGGAUGAACUUAAUCUCGAGAGUUCAUGGCCUAGAACAAGUAGAGAAUUAUUUCAAUAACAUCCCAGAAAACAUGAAAGGUUUUGUGGUUUAUACGGCUCUUCUCAACUGCUGUGCCUAUGAAAAGUCUGUGGAGAAAGCCGAGCUUGUUAUGCAGAAGAUUAUAGACAGGGGGUUUGCUAGGAAACCUUUAUGUUAUAAUAUUCUGAUAAAUAUGUACUACAAAAUCGGGGAACAUGAAAAACUGGAUGCCUUAGUGCUCAAAAUGGAGGAAAAAGGCAUCAAUCCUGACAAAUACACUCUCAGCAUCCGGCUUAGUGCAUAUGCUGCCAUCUCUGAUGUGGAGGAAAUAAGCAAGACCGUUGAAAGGAUGGAAUCUGAUCCACAUAUAGUUCUGGACUGGAAACCUUAUUCCAUUGCCGCAAGUGGAUAUCUAAAAGUUGGGCUACUUGACAAGGCUUUGGAAAUGGUGAAGAAAUUGGAGGGACUGAUAGUAAAUUCCAAAUGGAGCAGUAUUGCAUUCGAUGUGCUUCUUAAACUGUAUGCUGAAAUGGGGAAGAAGGAUGAGCUGUACCGCAUCUGGAAACUUUAUAAGGAGAAGGGAAAAAUAUACAAUAAGGGCUACAUAAGCAUGAUAAGCUCACUUUUAGCAUUUGAUGAUAUCGAAGGUGCAGAGAAGAUUUUUGAGGAGUGGGAAUCCAUGAAAUUAACAUGCGACUUUCGUGUUCCAAAAUUAAUGAUUGAUGCAUAUUGUAGAAAGGGUCUUCUAGCAAAGGCUGAAGCCCUCGUAAACAAGGCCAUGACUAAAGGAGGAAAGCCUUCAUUUGAUUCAUGGUAUUAUUUGUCUUGUAGAUAUCUUGAAGAUAAUGAAAUAUCAAAGGCGUUGGAGACUAUGAGGAAAGCAGUUGCAUUGUGCCCACCUGGAUGCAAGCCCAACAAGGAAAUAUUGGCAACCUGUUUGGAGUACUUGGAAGGGAAGGGAAAUGUGGAAGGAGCUGACAAGUUCAUAGAUUUACUAAGGGUUGAGGGUAUAUUCUCUGCUCUUGUUCACGACAGGUUGCUGAAAUACAUUAAGGAUUUGAAAUCAAACUCCAAUGAACCCUUUCAAACGGAAGGGAAUAUUUUGACUGGGGAUAGCAGCUUCUGAUUUGCCAAAACAUCUUGGGUCCCCAAGCUCAGGAGCCUUUAAAUCUUCUGUAAACUGCUUGGCAGUGUUUUCCAUAUGUCAUGCCAGGAAAGAGUGUCGGUUUCCUUCGUCAUGUUUAUGGAUGAUGGGAUUAUUAUUUCAGGAGACGCAGUAAUGCAGAUAUGCCUUGGAUUGAGACUGCAAUUUUUUGGAUUCCGAAUCUUCUAGUCACUGAUCUCUAAUCAACUUUGUCAUUGUUCUACAUAAUAUCUUCCCAUAAAAGCCAACAGUUAAAUUAAUUUAAUCGAGUUUUCAUGCGAUUUAAAUUUGGCUGGCCAUUUAUGCAUGGUAUCAGACUAUUGACUGGUAGUUUCUACACCAUGCAGUUCUGAAAUUGAUGAAUGAUUCUGCAAUUAUGUUCUC